AAUUCCAUAAAUGCUUUGUCAGAUUAUUCCUUUGCAGUUGCAGAUGUAUCGAUAGCAGCAGCCUAUCACAUGAGAGGAGUAGCCUAUAGUGCAAAAUUCGAGAAAAAAAAAAGUUCCCUCCCGCAUGAACACGAUUAACAGUUUGUCUUCCAGUCAGUCUCCUCCCUCAGGUAUAUGUCCCAAUUUUGGCUAUAAAUUAAGCCAAGAGAUGACACUAAAUAUGCAACUUUCUCGUCUGAGCUCCUCAGGAAGAUCACACCAAGAACAUUUCUCCUCUCAGAAGACAGAAACCUGCACCUCCGACCAGUUGACCCAGCAGCAUCUUCACCACAGCUCCUCAUCCAGCAGCAUGACGACCUGGUCCCACCUCCUGAGCUCCCUGGUGCUCCUGUCUCUCUUCAGCAGCAGCUUCUGCACUCCGAUGUGCAACAACCAGUGCUGUCGGUUCGUGGAGGGCUUCCCUGUCAGGCUGAAGAAACUCAGAGAGGACUAUUCACAGAUCAGAGAUUUCUAUGAAGCAAACGAUGACUUAGACAUCGCACUGCUGGACCAGAGCGUCGAGGACUCUUUUAAAAGCUCGUUCGCCUGCCAUGCCAUGAACAGCAUCCUGGACUUCUACCUGACCACGGUGCUCCCGUCGGCCAUGGCCGGGGUGAGUGAGGACAACAGGGACCUGCAGCCUCAUGUGGAGUCUAUACAGCAGAUCUUCGACGAGCUCAAGAGUGAUGUCAUCAAAUGUAGACAUUACUUCUCCUGCAGGAAACAGUUUGAUAUCAACAACCUAAACUCUACUUAUACUCAGAUGGAGAGUAAAGGUCUAUAUAAGGCCAUGGGUGAGCUGGACCUGCUGUUUAACUACAUCGAAACAUAUCUGGCCUCUAAAAGGCACAGAAACCUUGUGGCCACUGUUUGAAGACCUGCUGACCUCAUCGAAAUGUGACCCUGCUCCUGACAGGAAAAACAAAAGACAUCCUUGGACUUUUGCACCGUUUUGCCUUCACUCCGUUAUUUUCACAUGUAUGACUGUUGCCAGAUGUUGUUACAGCCUGCUGAACUGAUGUCUUUGUUACUCUGAGACCUCUGUUUUUGUCCUGGGGACAAAUUUCUGUUUUAAGACCAUAUUGAGUCCUACACAUAUGAAGUUACAACCAAAACUGUCUCUAAGCUGUGAUAUUUAUUUUUAUCAUAUAUAAUAUGUAUUGUAUUUAUGAUGACUAAUAUUUUAUAGUUGCAGAUGAAUAAAUGACUU